AUGUCGAUGGACGAGGAUCUUUUCAACGUCGCCGAAAAUGAGGAUAGCGUGCUAGAGGAGGAUAUUGAAAACUCUGAUAUGGAUAUGGAGGAUGCUGGCGGCGACAUGGAACUAAGUCAAAAUGGAGAGGAACAAGAUGAACAAGAUGAAGAAGAAGAGGACGACGAAGAGGACGAGGAAGGUGAGGAGGGCGACGAUGGAGAAGAAGGUGAAGAGGGUGAAGAGAAUGAAGACGAAGGGGAUGAAAAUGAGGAUGAAAACGAUGACAAUAAUGAGGAAAGAUCCAUCAAUGAAGAUGUGGACAUGGAUAAAGAAAAGCUGACACAAGCAACGGAAAAUGAUGAAAAUGGCACUAAGGCCCUGUCAGCUCAAAAUGUACAUAAAUCUGCCAGCGAGGUUUUGAAAGAGACACAUGAUAACCAAACGUUACGGGAAAAGAUUAUUGCGGGAAUGAAGAGUGCGUCCGACUUUGAUAUUGUACCAGUUGUGGCAAUCCCAUAUGCUCAACAAUGCCACGCCCUAGCAAUUUCUGAUGGCCCGAAGUGGAUCUUGACUGGAGGAGAAGAUGGAUUCAUCCGCAAAUAUGAUUUCACAGCUUCCAUAGAGGGAAAAGCACCGCUAACAGUUGCACAGAAGCACAACUUGAUGGAUAGUAUUACAAAAGCGGGUGCAAUUGGUUCCUAUUGGGAGAACGAGCAGCCGCUCACUAAAAGACAGAUCUUGAACGAAAACCCCAAACUUAAAGAAAGUGAUUUCAUAGCUGGGUCUGCGGCCUAUGAACCAAAGGUAAAUCCCGUUUACUCGCUAGAUGUAGAGCGCAACGGGUAUUGGUGCUUAUCAGGGUUGCUAUCUGGAGGUAUCUCAUUGUACACUAUGAUUUAUAAUGAGGGUGUUAUUCACCAUUAUUUUCCACAUUGCGCCAAGAAGACAAAUGAACAGUCGAUUAUGACUGGCCAUCUGGAUGCUGUUUCAGUCAUCAAGCUAAAUUUUGUUCAGAAUAAAUUUCUUUCUGGCUCUUGGGAUAAGUCAAUUCGAGAAUGGGACUUGAACACAGGAAAAGUGGUAAAUUUAUUCAAGGGAAGUACCGGCCAAAUAUCACAGAUCCACUACAGGCCACAGGGAGUGGUAGACAUCUCAUUCAAUCCAGAUACGGAAACAGCUGAGAACCAAAGUGAUGUUGAUUCUCUCUUCGGAGACAGUGAUGGAGAGGAUAAUGAUAAAAGUAACGACAAUGACGAAAACACUAGCAUUUCCAACAUCAAAUCAAACACUUCGAAAAACAAGCUUUCUACAAGUGACUCCAUAUUCAUGUCUUCGAGCAUUGACGGCACAAUCAACAUUUGGGAUGCGAGAGUGUCUGGCACUAAUGCAGUUCUCAAGCUUGGAGUUCCAGAAGGGGUUCCUCCUUGGUGCAUGUCUGCGAUGUGGUCAAAUGAUGGUGAUAAACUCUAUGUGGGCAGACGAAACAGCACAGUCGAAGAAAUAAAUAUUAGAAUGCCUCAUGCACGAGGAAUUGGUUCCACUAUGAUACCAAAUGUCCUGAAGCGUCUUCAAUUUCCUAAAAUCUCGGGACCAGUCACAGCGUUGCUGACCAUGCCUAACGAUUCCUUUCUUCUCUGCGGCUCGAAUGAUAACAUUAGAUUAUAUAAUCUUGGGUUGUAUGAUGAUUUUAACCUGGAAGCAACAACCAAAAAGAGAGCUACACCAUUCUUGGUUAUACCUGGUCACCAUGGAGGUGUGUUGAGCAAUCUACGUGUUGAUGAUACUGGCAGGUUCAUGAUCAGCACAAGUGGAAACCGAGGUUGGGGUCAUUCUUCGUAUGCUGACGUGGUCUUGGUAUAUUCCAUCGAUCACGACUAA